AUGACCAUGCCGUACGCCGUCCUCGUCCCGACCGUCGCGGACGCGCCCGCCGUGCAGCGCCUCGCGGACGACGUCUUCGCCCACGCCCACACCUAUCUCAACGCGUGGAACCCGGCCAGCGAGCUCACGGCCGUCAACUCGCAGAAGCCCGCCAAGCCACGCCCGCUCUCGCCGCACCUCGCCGCCCUGUUCGACGUCGUCGACCGCGCCUUCGACCUCACAGGCGGCCGCUUCGACCCCACCACUGGCGUCAUCUCACGCGCGUACGAGAACUGCAUCGCCGACAACGCACGCCCGCCGCUGCCGGCGGAGACGGCUCGGUACAAGCACGCCAUCGGCUGGCGCAAGCGAAUCUCACGCACCGCAGACACCGUCACGCGUGGCAACGCAAACACCAUCGUGGAUGUCGACGGCAUUGCCAAGGGAUUCGUGAUUGACUUGCUCGUCGCCGCCCUCAUCAACGCUGGACACCCGAACUGCUACGUGGACUGGGCCGGCGAUAUCCGCGCGCAGGGCCACCACCCAGACGGCAGGCCGUGGCGCUCGGCCGUCAUGGCCCCGCCGUCGCUGAAGCGCGUAUUCGGGCACUGGAAGGACGGAACCAUGGACGAGCUGCUGCGCGACGACGACGUCGCCUUCUUCGCAGACUUUGCGUUCGACCGCGCAAACGCCGGCAAGCUUGACGGCGCCGCCAUCGCCACGUCGGGCGACUACUUUGCCGUGCAGCGCUACGGCUUCCACCAUAUCGCGCGCGCAGACACGCUGUCUGUCAUGAAGGCCAACCAGAUGUCGGUCGCGUCGGUGUGCGUCGCCGCGUCGACGUGCGCCAUCGCCGAUGCCGUCGCCACUGCGUCGAUGACGUUUGACCGCCUGCCGCAGGCCGUGGCCUUUCUGCAGCAGCUCGUCGACAGCCACCCGGACACCGUGUAUGGGUAUUGCGCAAUGGACCGCGCCGAGGCCACGUGGCCCGACGCACCCGCUAAGAGCCUCUACUCGGCAAACAUCUUCAGCCCCGCCCUGCGGAGCGAGCCCAACUCCACGUCCACGAGCUCCGGCGAUGAGAAGGGCCUCUCCGCCGCAGAGCGGCAGCAAGCGGUUGCUGAUAUUGGGCACCACACAGUGACCAACUACUACCGGUGCACGUUUGACGGGGCGGAGAUUGAACUUGACAACUUUCGCGGGUGCUCCAUGCAGCCGGAGCAGGUGGUCUUAUUUGUGACGGAUGACGAGUUUUUCAAAAGGGCGUCGCUCGUCGCGGAAGACCCCCUCAACCAGGUAAGGGUGGAGCUUCUCGCGCCGCGGCCUUCGACGUCGUCAUCAUCAUCAUCCUCGUCACUGAUGCUGGACGAGCGCAAGACAGGCGUCACGGCCGACUUAUCGCUGAAGAACAUCUCCGUCGUGGGCGGGUGCGCCGUGGUACAGGCGGUGGUAACGGCGGUGAGCCUAGGCGAGGCGGAAUUCGUGCAGGCGAUUUACCGAGACACGUACCUUGCCAAGCGGGCGGUGGCACUCGACGUACCGCGCUCCAAGCUGCCGUUCUACCCACUGGACAAGCAAACCAAAACGUUGCUGCGGCAGAUGCCGUCGGCGAUGUGGGUGGUGUCAACCAGCGCGGCGCACGGGGAGGAUCUGGCGAUGACGGCGACGUCCGUCACGGUGCCUGCGGCGGCGCGCGGGAUGAUAUGCUUCAAUGUGGGGCACUCGAGCGCGUUCUACGCGGGGCUCGGCGGGGUCGGGGCGGGCGUGAGGCUGUUCGCGCUUUCGACAAGGCAGAAGGACAUUGCCGAGCGGUACGUGACGAGGGCUGCGUUGGGGAAGGAGGAUAGGACACGGCUGGAGGAAGAGUGCAUGGUGGCGGCAAGUUGCACGAUUGAGCAUACCGAGGAUGUGCAGGACCAUCACAUUGUUUUGACGAAGAUUGACGGCGUCAAGGUGCCGGAGAAGGACGAGGAGGGGUUGAUGCCUUUGGUUUGGCAACACGGAAAGUUGAUCACGGAAAGUUGA